GCUCAGGCUUCCGUAGAGACGCUCCAAAACAUGGCGACCUCCAUGUGCUAACGUGAGAGGAAGCAGGAGUGUGUACUGAAGCGGGGAGGAAGCAGAAACCUGUCUGUUCAUUUAAAUAACUUUAACAUCAUAAACACACCUGCAACAUUAGAAGAGCAGUGUCCGCGUGCAGGGAGGCGUCACAGGUGUCGCAUCUUGAUGCUGACGGCUCGUCUUCUCUCCUUCAUCAUCUCCCAUCAUCCUCUCUGCUUGCUCCCAGCCGCACGGACGUUUCCCUGGAUCUUCAGAAGCAGAGGCCUGAGCUCCAUGGAUCCUCUGAACCCUUCCUCUGAGGUUCCCCCUCCCACAGCGGCUCAAUGUGGGGCAGCAGAGGAGGAGGAGAAGAAGACGCCUCCUGUUGGACUCUUACCUGGGGAGACGGUGGUGAAGGAGGGCAAGGCGGCCAUCUUGUUCCCCAGCGCUAACGAGGUGUUCUACAACCCGGUGCAGGAGUUCAACAGAGAUCUGACAUGUGCGGUGCUCACAGAAUAUGCCAGAGAGGUGCUCGCUCAGCGGGGGGUGAAGCUGGUGUUGCCGGGGGAGACGGAGCGGGUGGUGGUGUCUCUGUCGGAGGAGGAGGAGGAGGUCGACGCUCAGACGGACGAGAAAAACGGAGAGGAGACCCCGAUGGAGACGGCAACCGUGGGGGAGAAAUGUGAGCGGGGUCUCCGGGUGCUCGAGGGUCUCUCUGCGUCCGGUCUGCGCUCGGUUCGUUUCGCCCUGGAGGUCCCGGGUCUGAAGAGCGUCACGGCCAACGACUUCUCCUCCAAGGCGGCCGCGCUGAUCGCCAGAAACGCCGAAUAUAACGGGGUCGAACACCUGCUGAGCGCCAGCUGCAGGGACGCCAGUAUGCUGAUGUACGAGAUGCGAGGGAGGAAGGAUCGUUAUGACGUCAUCGAUCUGGAUCCCUAUGGGAGUCCUUCUGCCUUUUUAGAUGCAGCCGUGCAGUCUGUUGGUGAAGGAGGUCUGCUGUGUGUAACGUGCACUGACAUGGCGGUGAUGGCAGGAAACAACACAGAGACGUGCUACAGCAAAUACGGCUCUGUGUCCAUCAAAGCCAAAUACUGCCAUGAGAUGGCGCUGCGUAUCCUCCUCCACAGUGUGGACCAGAGGGCCGGGGUUUACCAGAGAUACAUCCAACCUCUGCUCUGCGUCAGCGUGGACUUCUACAUUAGGGUGUUCCUACGAGUGUUCACAGGACAGGUCACGGUGAAGAACUCUGUCAGUAAACAGGCUCUGGUGUAUAACUGUGUGGGCUGCGGCUCCUUCCACCUGCAGCGGAUGGGCCGGAGGACCACCAACGGGAAACAUAUGAAGUAUUCUCCAGCCACCGGACCGCCCGUCGGACCACACUGUGACAUCUGUGGGCAGAGACAUCAGCUCGGGGGUCCCAUCUGGGCCGAGCCAAUCCACGACCUGGAGUUCGUCCAGAAGGUUCUGUCCGCUGUAUCGACAAACCCGUCCAGAUUUGGGACGGCCAAACGGAUCGAGGGGAUGCUCAGCAUGGUGACCGAGGAGCUGGAAGAUGUUCCUCUGUAUUACACUGUGGACAGUCUGAGCAGCACGAUACACUGCACCACCCCCCCCCUGCUGCAGUUCAGGUCGGCUCUCCUUCACGCCGGUCACAGAGUUUCUCUCUCUCACGCCUGUAAGAACGGCAUCAAGACGUCAGCGCCUCCUGCGGACAUCUGGGACAUCAUGCGCUGCUGGGAGAAGUCCAAUCCAGUGAAGAGAGAGAAGCUGUCAGAGACAAGCCCCGCCUUCAAGAUCCUCUCCACGGAGCCCAGCUCAGAGGCCUGCUUCACGGUGAGGGAGGACGCCAACCCUCAGUCCCGUAAACGCCACCUGACCCGCUUCCAGGAGAACCCGCAGGCCUUCUGGGGGCCCAAAGCAAGAGCCAAAUCUGGCGGUGGUUUAGCCACCAGUCUGAAUGACAAGAGGAAGAGGUGCCAGAACAAGAGGAAGAACCAGAUCACAGAUGUUGGAGACUUCAAAAACUUCCACUGCAAGAAGUUCAAAGUGGGAAAGUGCACAAACGGAGAGAAAUGCUGCUACUCUCACAACCUGGAGCCGACGAAAGAAGACAAAGUGGAAUAACUCUUAUCUACAUUUUAUUUUUUUUAAAGUUAUUUUAUUUCUGGAAAGUCCCCGAGCAGCUGGAUGACGACAUGCAAUCAGAGUGUGUUUGGAUAUCCACAACAACCAUAAAACUGUUAACACGCAGAACACGAGUUGUUCAGUCUGACAGCAGAGCUUUUUAUUCUCUUUCGGUUAUUUGACAGUCCAAUAAAGUCCUCAUGCUGACUUUAAA